AUGAGCAUGCUCAUCGAAUUCCCCCUUGCGCAAGCAGAAGAGAUCUUGCUGGUUGACCAGAUCUCAAGCGACCUCUUCAAGCUCACGUUGACCAGACGCAACAAGGCCAACGUCUUCUCAGAGGCCAUUGAGAGGCUUGACUAUGGCCGCGAAGAGGCGGAUCUGAUCCUCCGCAACCUCCAAUCAUGGUCUCCGGAGGCUGCGGGGCACUUCUCACGGCGGACAUCGGACAUCAUCCUAAAUACGCCGUUUCGGCUCAUCUGCUCAAGCUCGACUGGAAUCCCGCUAGACGGGGCCUUCGCGAUCAGACAAUACUUGGCCGUGAGCUAUAGCUGGCACAAUGCAGACUGGCCUGGCACACCCUCUUCGGAUCCCGAGCCAGGCGGGGUAUGGCCCGUUGGCAAGCACUUCGCGACCGCAAUCUUAGCGCAGAGGGGACACCCACGCGAAGGUGUCUGGAUUGACCAAGUCUGCAUCAACCAAUCCGACGAAGAUGAGAAACAACGGGCCAUUGCUUGUAUGGAUGCGGUCUACAAAUCAUGCCGCAAGCUGGUGGUGCUGCUCGAAGAUGUCGAGCUCACAGAGGACGAAGCGUCACUGUGCGAGCAUUAUGACAAGAGAGCUCCUUCCCAAGCUUUCGAUCAUAAGCCUCAAGAUGAUAAAGAGAUCGCUUGUCUUGUCUCACUGUUCGACAAAAUCGCAGCGGCGCGGUGGUGGCAGCGUGCGUGGUGCUUCCACGAAUUUGUCGUUGCCGAACCCUGGAGCGACAAGAGACACAUGCGGGUACACAACACUGUUUUCAUCAUGGGAUUUGGGAGCGACAAGACCUUCGCUCUGAACUGGAUCACGCUUCAUGCGAUCCUGUCAAUAGUCAUAAUACAGCUCGGCCACCAAACACCCCAGAGCGAGCAUCUCUACCCGAUUCUAAGUGGGUUCGCGAACCGCACGUCGCCACUCCUCGACAGCCGCGAUCGCAAGGCUGGAGCAAUCACGGCCAGCUUUAUGGCGCGGUUCAACGCCGUCGCUCAAACAGGUUGCUCGAUGCCUGGAGAUAGGCUGAGCGUAUGUCUUAAUCUUAUCGGACUUGGUCUGGCAUACUACAAGACCGAGCAGCCGACUCCGGACAAGGUGUACUACCUCGCCUCCAUGCUGUCGCUCGCGGCUGGGGAGAAGGUCCCGUUGACUUUUACGAACACCGAGUCAUUGGUGAUCGACAGAAAGAAAUCAUGGCUUGCGAGAUCGAUCGCGGACGCAGACACGACACUUCCAAAGUUCAAUCUCGGCGACAUCAAAGGCAUACACAACAUUUCCGUCGACAGGUUGGAAAUAGACCUGGUCUUCUUUGAACGUUCCUUUGUGGUAUGCACUGAAGCGGAGCUGCUCAAGACUCGGGCCAUAUUCCCGAGCGUCAUCCAGAGCACCCCGCCACCUCUCAAAGCCAGCACGGGACACCCACCACAAUCCGCGGCCGAUGAAGACAUCGACUUAUAUCGCCGACGGUUUCUGGCAGCCGUCAUUGCUGGUGGACACAAUCUUGCUGAACGUCUCUGGACGCAGCUCGAACGCGAGGUGGUGCAGUUGAACUACAACACGGGCAAGUUCGCCGACUUUGCGGUCAAUGAGAACCUUCGUCCCAGUGCAGCCGAGUUCCUGAAGACUCUGACCAAGAAUGGGGCCAAAGAGCCUGACGAGAGGCACCACAUUACAGACGAGACGGCUCUCGCCCUUCUGACAUGGAUUACGGACCCGCGGUCUACCUACUGGAUUUCGGCGUUCUCGGCGCGCAUGACAUGUACUCACAAUGGUGAGCAGGCGCUCGUGACGGGCUUCCACUUUACAAAAGACUUUCUAGCCAACGAAAAUGAGGCCCAGAUACGCGUGGCGGUCCCGACGGACCUGCUUCGAGGUGAUUGCGCCUGGACCAGGGCGUGGUUGUUGGUUUUAGCGAAUGAUGCGCAGGGAGUGGCAGCAUGGAAAUUGGCAGGAAAGGCGCUGCUCAUGGGCGAGUCAGAUCUUAUGGAAGAGCUCAGCAGUUUGGAUGAUGGCGAACAAGUUGACCCAGUCGUAACAUUGAGAAGGAGGCAGGUCAUCAUAGGUUGA